AUGUGCCGCUUCGUGAUUUACAAGGGCACAUCACCUGUGCAGCUGUCUCACCUCUUAACUCGACCGUGCCAUUCCAUUAUAAACCAGGCCUUUGAUUCGCGCCUACGUCUCGACCAUCGUCGGCCGAUAAACGGUGACGGCUUUGGCGUCGGCUGGUAUGAUUCCAUCCACGAUGAGGAACUUGGCAGCCAACCUUGUAUAUUUACUUCCGUUUCGCCGGCAUGGAAUAACGCAAACUUGAUCCGAUUAGCAGAGAAGAUCAAGUCACCGCUUGUCUUUGGGCACGUCCGUGCGACUACCACUGGUUCUUUGUCUUUAGACAACUGCCACCCAUUCACAUAUGGAAAACUUAUGUUCAUGCAUAACGGCGGUAUUGCAGGAUUUCAUCUGAUUAAGCGACGACUGCAGGCCGAUCUCUCGGACGAUGUCUUUAAUAUAGUACAAGGGAACACAGACUCUGAGUGCGCUUUUGCGCUACUGCUGUCGAAGCUUCCCGAUCCAAAGGCUAAGAGUUUUACCACUCGCAGCUUGCAGCAGGCAAUGUUGGAUACCAUUGCAACUUUAAAUUUGUAUGCCGAGCAAGCGGGUAUCACUGAGCCAAGCUUGAUGAACUUUUGUGUCACAGAUGGCGAAAGUGUCAUUGCAACGCGUUACAUUUCCUCUCGGCACGAUGAAGCCGCAUCGUUGUGGUUCUCAUCUGGGACGACAUUCAGUGAGUACGCCCAAGGCGGUCAUUACAGGAUGGCGAAGGCUGAUAAAAGAGAAAACAUUAUUAUGAUUGCCAGUGAACCGCUUACUUUCGAAAAAGCGGACUGGAUGGAGAUUCGCACGAACAACAUGGUCGUGAUCACGCCCAAAAUGAACCUCCUGCAGAUUCCCAUCGUCGACAAAUUCUAUGUCUCUCCUUCUGACCCAGCGGCGCUAAACCGUGACACUGACUUUGCCGCGGCCAAGGGCUUCCUCAGCCCACGUAUAGCCUUGGCUCCAGUCCAACCUCGCGAAAACGCCCCCCAGUUGUCCAUUUGA